AUGGAGUUCGCCGGAGAAGUCGAUGACUUCGGCCUCGACCUCAUCCGCGAGCACCUCCUCGGGAGCGACGGCGGUGUCCCCACCAUGGCGGGUAGCCACCUGGGCUCAUUUUGCGACGACGUCACCUUCCCCGUGCUGCCUCCUUCGGCGGCCGACCCGGCAGCGUACCAGCCCACGUCGUUCUUCCCGCCGCAGCAGGAGCAGCAGAUGCGAGGCUACAUGGACAUGGCACAAGAGUACGCGAACUCCUCUCCGGCUGCCGACGUUGGCGAGGCGACGUUCCCUGCGCCGGAGCCGGUGAUGAUACAGUUCGGCGGCGAGCCGUCUCCUGUGAGGGCGCCGCCGUCGGCGCUGACCAUCUCCCGGCCGGCUCCGGACUCGUUCGGGUGGGCGGGUGCUGCUGGCGCGCCAGCGCCGGUGGCGGUGGCGAUGCCGGCGGCCGACGCAGAGGACUUCCGCAAGUACCGCGGCGUGCGGCAGCGUCCGUGGGGCAAGUAUGCCGCGGAGAUCCGCGAUCCCAAGCGCCGGGGCUCCCGCGUCUGGCUCGGCACUUACGACACCUCCAAGGAGGCCGCGCGCGCGUACGAUCGCGCCGCGUUCCGGAUGCGCGGCGCCAAGGCCAUCCUCAACUUCCCCAACGAGGUCGGCACCCGCGGCGCCGAGCUCUGGGCGCCUCCCGCUCCCACGUCGCAGGACGCCGGCGGCGUCGCGACGAACAAGCGGAGGAGAUCGCAGGAGAAGGAGGACUCCGAGGUGGAGGUGGUCGGGGUGGUGGUAAACAAGGCCGUGAAAACCGAGGCGCCGUCGACGUCGUCCGCCCCGGUAUCGUCGUGGGACACGCUCUCGUCCAUGUCGACGGGGACAGCGUCUUCGACAGUGACCUCGGCGGACACGACGCCGGACGGAGGGUUCCCUCCGACGCCGCAAACCUCCGACUGGGAGCAGUACUGGGAUGCCUUACUGGGUGGCAUGCCCCUGCUGUCGCCCAUGUCGCCGCACCCGUCAUUGGGGUUCCCGCCGCUGAUCGUUAGUUAA